UUCUCCCGAGUAUCUGAUUAUAAUCCUUUAUAAGGAUGUGAAAAUGUCUCAGUAACAUUUGCUGCUCAUCUUCAGUCUACAGGCUUGUCAUGUAGAAGUAAUAGUUAGUAUCCAAAGAAGGCAAAGGAACUUCUGGGUGGUGAUUUGUUUGACUUAGUCCUCUAGGACCUGCAAAGCUCGUCCUGACCAUCACAUAUAAAGUGUGAGGCCUUUUACGUUUGCUGACUCUGGAGUGGAUCAGAAGCAGAGUGGAGCUUGAAGAGGAUCUUUAAGAUGUCUAAAGCAAAGGCCGCACCCCCUCCUGGGUGCACUCUGAACAUUAGCGAUCCACACGUCCAGGAGGCAGCUAUCCGAAUCCAAGCGUCCUAUCGUGGACACAGGUCACGGAAAGAGCUGCGGGAGAAAGGGCCUCCAAAGAUCCUGCAGGAGCUCAAAGAUGUGGUCCUCGUUGAGGGGAGCGCCGCAAAGCUGGAGUGUAGAGUUAGUGCAUUCCCCGAUCCUUUCAUCGUCUGGUACAAGGACGGCAAAGAACUGAAGGAUGGUCCCAAGUACCGCUACGUGUUUGAAGACCCAGAUUUUGUGGCCCUUGUGGUGCGAGAUGGGGUUCUGGCCGAUCUGGGGAAAUACACGGUGACCAUUAAGAAUCCUUUUGGACAGACAUCGGGAUCUGCUUGUAUUCUAGUGGAGGUCCCUGCUAAGGUUUCCAAAGGGCCAAAUAACGUCAAGGGCAAGAGGGGGACAACAGUUGUGCUCAAGGCUGAGAUAAGUGGAGAACCUCCACCAGAUGUCGCCUGGCUCAAAGAUGGAGAUGAUAUUGAAGAAGAUGACAGGGUGUUCUUUGAUGUUGGAGACACCAACACAAUCCUGACGAUCAAAAAUGCGAAGUCGUCUGACGCCGGAAAGUACGAGGUGUUCGUGGAGAACAGUCUAGGCACAGACCAGUCGUUUGCCCGUGUGGACGUCCUCUAAUGUGUCAUCACUGAUACAACAUUUAAAUUCUAACACAACGAGCCUACACGUCCUCUUACGGUGCAAUCCAGUGGACAAUUUACUGUAUAUUACUUGAAUCAUGCUCAUCAUAAAUAAAG